AGUAGCAGUGCGAAGAGUUAUUGAACGGGCGCGCGCGUCUCUUUUACUUGGAAAUUUUUAUAGCAUUUGACCGACAAAGCAAAACAAAAAAAAAAAACCGAUAAAGAAAAAAAAACACAAGCGGUACUUGUAUAGUGUAUGAAUAGUGGCUUGAACAAAGCAGAUAGUGUUAGUGAAAAGAAGAACAAGCAUGUAAGCUGAAACAUUGUGAAUUGCCAACGCGUUUCUCAACAACCUAUCAAUAUUUUGUGACGUUUUGCUUAUAUUACGAGCGCGAUUAUUGCUGGAGCUGUUGUCGACAGCCACGCGCUUAUAUGUGUUCGCGUUGUGUUAGUGAUUUUUAAAGUGUGUUUAUGAWAGUAAUAAGCGGCAGCCAACUCAGAUUUAUGCGCAACUGAACGCUAGCUUGCCGACGGCAUUUCAUUUGGAAACAACUUUUGAUGUGCACAUUUUACUCAUCAACCGCGGCGUUCCAUGUGCGCAACUGAAACAAAUUUAGUGGGUGCCAGCUGCCAUUGCAGCUUAAGCAAACGUMAACAGUCCAAUGUCAACGGUCGCGACCACGCGCGCCACACUCACACAAAACGCAUUAUCCACGCCUGCKACGCCGACGCUGUCACCCGUGAUUUGUGUCAAUUCAUCAGCAUCGCUAUCGCCGCGCACGUCGCCACUGAACGGACUAACGCCACACGCGCAUACGCGCCCACCCAUACUCGAUCAGCUGUGCGCGCUGCGUCGACGUCGCAUCGAUAUGCAUCCGGAUUGUAUGCUGUUGCAGGCGCAUGGCGUAACAAGUCCGUGUUUGAGCCCGAGCGCCUCUGUUUUGGCAGGUGAGAAGCACAGGCGUYACAGCGACACAAUGUCCAGGGAGGCGAGCACGUUAGAUGAGGUUGAUAUGUGCGAAUCAAUUGAUUCAGCUGAUGAAAUGGAUGUGGUGGGCGAUGACGAGGGGAUUSCUAAGGRGGCGGCUGAGCAAAUGCGUUUACGUGAAAUUAGUGAAUUGGAGGMCAAAACCGCMGCCGCACGCUUAGCCGAUGCGGCMGCAAUACGCUGCGAAGAGGAAGUGGAUACAGAGGCGGAUGUGGAAGACGAAAAUGACGCAUUGAGUCUUUGCAGUGAGGACAGUGAACUGUCCGUGGGUCAGGAAGGCAGCAGCGCCAUUGCUGCUGCUUGCCAAACAACACCUAGUUUUUGUGAUUUUAACCAGCAGCGCCGCUUGUUGCUCAGCAAUGUUGGUAAUAUGAUGGCAUUGUGCGCGCCGUCGGCUUUUAGCAGCGUACACGCACCGGCAUCAGCGUGCGGCGAUGGCAGUGACGCGCGUUCCAGUGCCUCAACGGACGAUAAUACUAUGCAACAGUUGGAUGAGGAGAGUGUCGGUAGUGCAACGAGCUCAGCGCUACAGCAACAUGUACCGCUGCAUGCGCAACCAGCGCCAAGCGCGCUCUUAGACCCGUAUGUCGUAGCUAGCGCGCUACGCAUGCCUGUGCCGGUGCUGCCGCGCGCCACYAAUCAUACGGCUAGUUUUCAAACGGAAUUUAUGCGUAAGUCACACAUGUACGCCGAGGAGUUAAUGAAGCARCAGAUGCAGUUGAUGGCGGCGGCGCGCGCYAGCGCGUUUACAUUGCGCGGCACAGGCGUUACAGACACACUGACGCCGGAUAGACGCGCUUUUACGCACAUACCGGGCGUGCCGCAGCCAAUGUCCAAUUUCGCGGGCAUACAAUCCCAAUUGACGGCCAUCACAAAAAUGUCACAAUUAAGCGCUGCUGCAGCAGCAGCCGCUGUUGCUGUCGCAGCUGUAGCCAAUAACAACCAAGCCACGCAACAGCAACAGCAAAAUAAAACAAACAUACCAAAUAGCACGGAUACGCUGAACAAAUUGAGCGCUUUAACUACGGCGCAUACACAACUCUCACCUACAACCGCCAGCGCCGUCUCGAGCCUGAGCCAGUUGCAGGCGCAAAUGCAAGCGCAUUUUCCCUAUGCGCACGCCAAUCAUACCAAUGAUAACCUCAACAACAACAACAAUCUAAAUGAACCAGCGCUUAAAUUUAGCAUUGACAAUAUAUUAAAAGCAGAUUUUGGCCGACGUCUGGCGGAGGGCGCUGCCUGCAUGGCUGUGUGUAAUAAUGUCGCGCGYGCAGCAAAAGCCAUCACUACGCAUAAUAAUAGUAGCACUGUGCAGCGCGCGCGUAAAGCGGCAAAUACUUUAACCGCUGCUUGCGCCGCCAGUUCCUCUACCGCGAUUGACUUAACACAUCUCAGCGCUGCGACGUCCACAGCGGCAACCACAGCAGCGUCAGCCGCAACGCUAAACUUCUCACACACACUCGCGAAUAUUUGCACUAACAGCAGCGACUCGAAUAGCACCGCGGUUAGCAGCAGCUUUGGCGCUACUUCUGAGCAUGCUAAGUCACCCGCGAACGGCGAGUUAAGUACGGCGGCAGCGAAGUGCACAUCGGCGGAGUUUGCCGCGAAGGCGUCGGAAGAGGCGAACAGCAGCGGUAGCGCUGUUAAAUCCAGCGGUACAGGCGCGAGCGGCAGCGGUCCCAUCGUUUGGCCGGCGUGGGUGUACUGCACGCGUUACAGCGAUCGACCCAGUUCAGGAAUAAAAAAAUCUAAAGUCAAAUGAUCACAUUUAAAAAAAAGGCCACUGGCUUUAUAUUUGUGGAAGUCUUUACUUUCUGAUAGUAUCAAAAAUAUKCCACUAUGGCSCGGCACCCAUACCAGUCUUAUCACAAAGGUACUCGAUAUUAUUGAUAACGAAGUUUGGCACUCCUCGAACAAACGUGAACGCACUGUUAAUGAGCUCGAGGCUAGUUUUGUUGCUCUACUAUCUGAGUGGAAAGUAGACUUCUCUGAAGGAGAAUGCACACCGGAGAAAGAUCUAGUGCUACAUUGA